CUGAGUGUUGUGUGUGUGUCUGCAACGACGACUAUGACGGCAGCAGGCGUUCCACCGCUCGCGCGGCUGCUCUCGCUGUUCAACUCGACGCUCUCCACCUCCCAUGAGCUCGUCCGCUCCCUGAGCCUCGUCUCGCAGCCCAGCCCGUCGCUGUCGCGGACGAUUACGAGGAAUCUCUCGACGCUCGCCGUCGGGCUGACGGCGCACCGCGACGAGCUCAGGCGCCUCGAGGCCGAGGCCAGACGGGGGAAAGUCGGCUUGGAGGAGGUCAGGAUCAAGGAGGACGAGCUGGCGGAGAUCGAUGGGGCGUGGAGCAGGGUGUGUGCCAUGCUGGAGUCCGACGAGAGGUCGAGAGGACUUCUGGAUGGCGUCAAGCAGAGCCACCCGGCUCUCUUUAGACCGCCAGAAGCGAACGCGGCGGCUGAGCUGGACGAAGAUGAGGAACGGACAGGGGUCUACCCUGACGUCAAGCCCUAUCGGGACGAGCCCCCGUCUGGACCCGAAGAGGCAGAGGCAUUCUCGACGGCAGAUGUGAUGGCCUCGCAGCGGGCCCAGAUGGACGGGCAGGAUACACAGCUCGAUGCGCUGUCUGCCAGCAUCGGCAGGCAGCACCACCUGUCGCUGCAGAUGAACGAAGAGCUCGGCACGCAGUCCGGCCUCCUCGAUGACUUUGACAGAGACGUCGAGGGCACCACGGCCAUGCUCGGCCGUGCAAGCAGGCGCAUGGACAAGCUGACGAAAAACAUGAAGGAGCACGCCUCAACGUGGACGAUCUUUGUCCUCAUCGUCAUCCUCGUCUUUCUCAUUGCCGUUUUCAAGUGACUGUUCCUUCUCUUUCCCCUUUCUUGUUUUAUUCAACAGUGUAGAGAUAGGACUAUUGUACAACAGGAACACGGACCGAUCUAAGAACCGAGC